AGAAUGGAGGAGACAGUGAGAAAUCUGCUACAGAGCCAAGGAUCCACAGGCCAGCAUGGAGAAGGAACUGUCAAUAUCAUGAAGGUAUAUCAGGAAAAGCUGUCAGAAGAGAGUAGGAAAUGUAAAGAAGGCAUGGAAAAAAUUCACACGCCAGCAGAUGAAGAUUCAAGAAGUGAAAGCAGCAGCACUGAAGAGGAAAAAGAAAAGACAAAAUUGCUGUUGGAUCGUUUGAAAGCUCUGGAGGCAGAGAAUUCAGCACUGGCUCUGGAAAAUGAAAAUCAGAGAGAACAGUAUGAAAGAUGUCUUGAUGAGGUAGCUAAUCAGGUUGUUCAGGCUCUACUUACUCAAAAGGAUCUGAGAGAGGAAUGUAUAAAGCUGAAAACGAGAGUUUUUGAUUUGGAACAACAGAAUCGAACAUUAAGUGUGCUUUUCCAGCAGAAAGUCAAACCAGCUUCUGACCUUCUUCUUCAGAAACUCCAUUCACGCAUCUUAGACCUCUCAUCUGGGGAUUUGCUUUCAGAAGUAGAACGAAACAGAAGCUUGAUGCAAUCUCGAACUGCUGAUGCUCAGAUUCACGAAUGCCAGCAGAAUGUGAAAUCCAGUAUACCUGUCUUGAAAUGCCAGAGUCAAUUAAAUAUGACAGGUCCUAGCCGCCUGUAUCCCCGGAGCAGCUGCAGUAGCAGUGAACUCUCCCUCUCAAGUGCUUGCAGUGAAUAUUCCAGUGGUUCCUCCUACACUUGGAAUGAUGGAAAGACAUGCAGCAAAAGGUCAUCCAUGAGCUGGGAUAAAAGAAUAAGCAUUGGUUCUUCACUUCCAAGCAACCUCUCAAGUCCUGCAGAUGAUCUACCUCCAACUUGUAUCAAGGAAAACCGUAUCUUAGAAGGGCUGAAGAAAUUACAGAAGCAAAAAAUACUACUUGAAUCACCUUCAGUAAUAUCAAAAUGGGGUUACAAAGACUGCAUGAACUCUAAUGAAGGAAUAUAUUCCCCUGGAGUUAAAUGUGGCAGCCAUAAUGAACAGACUCAUUGUAAGCCAACGGAAAUAGGAAGUAUUUGCAUUGAACAUAACAAAACUUUCUCUUACGAUUCAGAUUCACAUGAUGAUGCAGAGGACGACUCUUCAUCCUUACUGUUGCUGCAGGAAGUACCAAGCAAAGACUGCAGGACCUAUUGUAACAAAUUAACUCACAGCAUUUCUGACAGUUUCUUUGACUGGGAUCCUCAUAGGAAACAUUUGCCAGAAAGAAGUUCAUAUUUUAAUUCAAAGGAAAGACCUGAAAAAUUGACUAGUUUUGUCAGUGGAUUUCAGGCAGAAGUAAAAUCAUGCACCAGAGCAAAGCUGCCUGAGUUACAGUUAAAUCAAAGCCAUGCUAAUAUAGGCUGGAAGGACCUUAAUUUUCAGCUUUCAGAUACUGAUGACAAUGAAGUCUUGGAUGAAUUGCAUAUAGAAAGCAGUGAUGAGAAAAGUCCAUCAGAUUUAUUAGCAACUCCUUUCACUGAGAAGUACACGAAGACCUCUGACAUACUCAAAGUCACGGAGAAUUCUCAGUUUGUAUCUACUGACAAAGAGGAAAAACAGAUAUCUGCUCACUCAGACAUUAGGCCAAAGACAUGUAAUUUCAUUAAACAACAAAAGGUUAUAAAAAAGACCUCUUCUGAAGAGUGCAUCACGGUAAUAUUCGAUGCUGAGGAUGGUGAGCCUAUUGAAUUCAGCUCACAUCAAACUGGAGUUGUCACUGUAACAAGAAAUGAAAUUUCAAUCAACCAGCCACAAACUAUGUCCAGUGCAGAAUAUACUGAACUUAUACCUCAGGGAAAAGCUGAUUUGCAGACAGGAACCAAUGCUAGAAACUACACUGCUUUAGAAAGACCUGAAGAUGAAACAAAGAAAAAGACUCUUGAAGAUAAUGCAGGGAAUAAAAAUACAGUUGUUCCCAUAACCUGCAGUGAAUCUUCGCACUGUGGAAGAGUGACACUGCAAAAUACUCCACGACAAAAACUAGUGAAGCCGGUGUAUGAUGUACCACACAAGGCCAAUUCAAGCUCCACUGUGCAUGCAGGAAUCAGUCAAAAGCCAAACCUGACUAAAAUACCCAGCAGAAGUAAAUUUUCUCCACAAAAAACUGCAAUGACAGAGAGCGAGGAGACACCUGUAGCUCAAUCGGUGGGCGCUGCAACCCUUGAAAAAUCACCUGCUUUGCCACCUGUAAAGCUUUCAAAAUUCAAAAAGGCACAAAGCCCACCUCGUAAUUUUGACUCAAAAGUUGACUUUCAGGUUCCAAAGCCCCCUGCCCACGCCCUGCCUGGUUUGAAACGUCCAGGCAGAGGUGAUGGGUCAAAGUAUCCAAAGAGUCAGAGUCCAGCAUCACCACUGUUGCCUCAGCACCUUAUAGAGCCCACUGACUAUGGAGAACCUCCAACCAGAGACUUUCGUUGUGAUUUAGCAACUGUCGAAGCCCGAUCACCGUCCCCACCCCUUCCUCCAGGCAGGUCAACAUCCCUGUUGAUUCGGCCUAAUUAUGCUCAUUCACCACCUGUAGCAAUAAAGUUAGGAGGAGCUGGUCCCAGUGGAACAGCAAAAAAUAUACUGAAAUCAUCACCAUUAAAAGGAACUGUGAACUCUGGCUUUCAUAAUCAAUCUAGUCAUGAAAUGCAAGCAAAAAAUGUAUCUUCUGGGGCCAAAAUUGAAUUACCUUACCUUCAAGAAAAUGCAGAAGCAAUUAUGCAAAAUAAAUGCAUAUCUCAGCAACCCCAGAGUGCACACCAAGGACUUUCCAAAGUUUCCACAAAGCAAGUCUGCCCAAAAAACCCUAACCAGCUGGGUCUCCACAGGAAUCGUGAGUUUUCCAAAACAGAUUUUCAGACAGCCAGAUCCUUUUCUCUAGGUUGUCCAUCAUUGGAAACAACUUCUUCACAAGAUACAUAUUCCAGCAAAAAAGAUAUUUCCAGUGACAGUGGAGUAGAUCAGCCACAAAAGAUGCCAAACAUUCUCCCUGCAACUCCUCAAUGUCAUACAACAAGCACAAGUGAGCCUUUACUAUCUCAGGUAAACAACUCCGCAUUGUCAACACUGUUUCAUGGUAGUGACACUGCACAUGCUACCCAAAACUCUAGUGAGAAAGGAAUGAAAACCCGUCUCCCUGUAGGACUGAAAUUAUUUGUCAGAUCUCCCCAGCUUCUCCGAAAGAGCUCUACUGUACCAGGGAAGCAGGAAAAAGACAGUAUAAAUGCAGCUUCCAAAAGUAAUGUGAGUUCAAGUAAGUACAAGCAAAAUGAAUCUAUAUGUGUAACCACCAGAGGUGCAACAGAUGCUGAAUUAAAAGACUCUAAGUCUGAUACUGAAGUGAAAAAUAAUUUUACUGUGGGACUUAGUGUGGAUACAGCACCACCUCAUUCACAUGAAAACUGCAACUUGGUGGUAGACAGGGUAGAUGGAUUAGAAAACAAAUUAGUUAAGAGAUCUGUUUCUUCUAGCAACAAGUCACAUUUGAAGCCAGCUCUGGGCAUGAAUGGAGCGAAAGCUCGAAGCCAGAGUUUUAGCAUUCAUACAGGGGAAAAGCCAUCUGCCCCCGUGACAGAAGGUCUCGGAAAAGUGCGGACUCAGAUUAUUACAAACACUUCUGAUAGAGGAAAUUCUCUAACAAGGCAGAACUCAGCCAUGGAAGGACUUCAAAUCAAGACCGUUCCUGGGUCAGCAGUGACACCAGAGACUCUAUCAUAUACUCCUAAAACUACAGAAAAUUCUUAUUCUAGACAAGGUUCUCGUGGAAAUAUGGGUAGUUGCAAUAGCCAGCAUGGAAGCCCAAGCAAACUGCCCUUCAGAACAUCUCCAAAAGUAGACUUGCUUCACGACGCUUCAAAAUGUGAUGGAAACAAACCAUUUUCUCAGAAAGAUGCACGCAGUCCAUCUCUCCAGAGUGAGAAAAGCACCGAAAGUUUUAAACACGAAGCUCUAAGUAAAAUAAGUGUUCUGCCAGCAGAAUUUGAGUUAGAAGCGUCAGCUACUGUAUCUUCCAAACAAAUUUCAUCAUUUCAAAGCUCAGAUGGAAUAAAGUGUUCUCAUAAACUGGAAGCAACAAAGUCACGAAGACCGCAGAUGUCUUUAAAGUUAGCAGAAGCCUCUGAGAAGGUUACCAAUGUUUUGAGUUCACCGACUCUACAACCUACAAUAGAGGAGAAAGUCAUGUUGUGCAUCCAAGAAAAUGUGCAGAAGGGUCAGGGACAACCCAAAUCUCCCACUGUGGAGACUAAACAAAAGACUGGGCCCUCUAUAGCUAGUUGGUUUGGCUUUCGAAAGAGUAAGCUCCCAGCACUGAGUAGCAGGAAAACUGAUGUUCCUAAAACAAAGGUAGAAAAAAAAGAUGCAAAAGUUGCAGGAUUUGGAAUUAAGCAGGCAAAAUUAGAGAGAAGAAAAGAAAAAAAGAAAACUGAACAACACUGUGAAAUAGAAAAUGAAAUUAACAGGAAAACAGACAAUGGUGACAUUUUAGCUGACAUCAUGGAGAGCAAAAUUAUGAAACCUUCACAAGACACACCUGGUGAGAUUGAGUGUGAACAAGUCAAAGGUUCCACCACAGCUACAUACUCACCAAAAGACAGCUUUAUGAAAGAGCUUUUGAACAGAGUUGAUAAGAAAGCAGCUCAGCAGACAGAAAGUGGAUCAAAUAAUGUUUCCUACAGGAGUGUGUCGAAGGGCAGCUCCCAGGGCUCCUCUCUUCACGGCAACUCUAUCAGCUCUCAAGGAAACCACAAGAAAAACAGCAACACAAAAGCUGAUAUGGAAAUGCAGAAUCAGACCCUGGCUAAAGUAGUCACAGAAAACCUGCAAGAAGAAGAGGACACCAUGACAAGGACUACAUGUCAGAGUCAUGUGAUAGGCACCGAAUCUGAGUCUCUGACAGGACAUAGUGGUUAUGGAGCAGAUCGGCUGGCAUUCCCCAAAGUCAGACUUUAG